UCUACACACACGAUGCCACAUCGUCAUGGCAGAUCACACCAUCAACUGACACGAACCUCGCAAGUAUGACGAAGGACCACGGCUUGUGUUGAGGGGAGGGUAUAAAGGAGGACAUCCGCAUCUGGACGCACACCGUCGAAGGAAGAGACACAUCCUUUUACUCAGGUCCUCGAGGACAAAGAUAGCUAUAGGUCCGCUCAAGGAGAACUAGAUCUACAUUUUACAAGCUACAAAAGACCUCGAAGUGGAACCCGCGGCGACUCACUCUCCAAGUGAUCUAGGAGCUAGGAGCUAGGAGGAUCAGACCCAUCGCGACCUUCGAUCGAACGUGCAUCGUUGAGGACCAGCCAAGAUGGAGGCUCAAUCGAAUCACCGGAUCAACGGGUUCUCGAUCUUCACCCUGAUCGUCUUUAUCGCAGUGAACGUCCUGGUCGUCUUCCCGAUCCGGAUCCCGCUCCCAAGACCCCUCACCCGAGCAUUAGUCACGCUCUUCAGGAAGCUUAGGAUCCUCAACACCCCCGAAACUUCAUCCUCAACGUCCGGUCCUCAUACGCAAACCAUAAACUCAUGCUCAACCUCAACUUCUCCCAACCCGCCUGUUCAGACCCCGAGAGCAAGCAAUCCCGACCCCGACGGAGAUCAAGAUCAAGAUCAAGAUCCUGAAGAAGAUGACCUCUUAGAGAAACAAUACCACUUCCCCAUAACCCUCAGUACCGCCCCCGUUAUCGGAGUAUUGCUCUUACUGGCUAGUACGAGCAUCCCCGGGGACGUCGUUCGGACGGGGAUCGUCGGGAGUGGAGGGGUGAAGCCUUAUGAUAUCAUGACGUUGUUCAUCUCGCUCGCCUACAUCUCGUUAUCCCUGGAUUGCACCGGGUUGUUACGAUACAUGGCCUUCUGGGUCUCGCUCAAGGGCGGGACGUCAGGAAGGAGACUCUACCUGUUCUUCUUCUUGUUCUUCUUCUUUUUCGGGGUCAUCGUCGGGAACGACCCGAUCAUCCUCUCCGGAACAUCCUUCCUGGCCUACUUUUCCCGUAUCGCCGGCAUCUCCCCACCACGCGCUUGGAUCUUCAUGCAAUUCGCAUCGUGCAACAUCGCCUCGGCCGUCCUCGUCUCUUCCAACCCGACCAACCUGGUGCUCACGGGCGCAUACGACGUAUCCUUCCUCGUCUAUUCUGCUUGGACGGUCCUCCCCGUCUUGGCUACCGGUUUCGUCCUCUUCCCUAUACUCGUCUGGGGGGUGUUUAGGGAUAAAGAAGAUCAGCUCAUCCCGAGACGGUUGGAGACGCCGGAUGUGGACCCGAAGACGGCCCUGAUCGAUAAGAACGGGGCCAUCUUCGGGUCCGUCUUGCUCGGGGUCGCCCUGGCGCUCCUAGUCGGUCUGAGCGCUGGAGGGUUGUUGCACGGCGUGCAGGGGGUGUGGACGGUCACGGCUCCUGCGGCGAUAGUCAUGCUAGCCAGGGAUCUGUGGUACGACAUGAAAAAGUUCAAGAAGGGGGGCUCGUCCGCGGAUAGGGUGAGCGGUGCGGAUGGAGGAGCGGGGGUGGACGAACUGGAGUUACAGGGUAUGGACGACUUGUCCGGUUCGAAAGGCGUCGUCGAAGCUGGGAAGGCACCCAAGCCGACAUCGAACGGGUCGAUCCAGAUCCCUCAGGAAGUGCAUAGUAAUGGCAAGGCGGAAACUUCGAUGACGAUGAGACGCAGGAAUUCGGGGAUGAACCCUACGAGCGUCACCCUCAGCUCACCCAUCACUCGGAACACCUCCAUCUCCCUCCCUCCGUCGACCUCCUCCAUUCCUCCCAAAACGCAACCUCGACAAAAACGGACCUUCCAAUCCACCUUUCAAGCGAUCCCUCAGCACUUUCCCACCUUUACGCACGUCUUCGUCCGACUCCCCCUCCCGCUGCUGCCGUUCGCGUUCUCGAUGUUCAUCCUCGUCGAAGCGUUGUCGUACGUCGGGUGGAUAAGGGUGUUUGGCGGGUGGUGGACCAGUUGGGUGAAGGUGGCCGGGUUGGCAGGGGCUAUCUUCUUGAUGGGCGUUUUGAGCGUUUUGGGGUGUAAUGCAUUCGGCACUAAUAUCGGAGCGACGAUCCUCCUCAGCCGGGUCCUCCAACAGUGGUCCAACAACGCGAACAACGUCGUCUCGAAUCGGGUCUUGUACGGGUCGCUUUAUACGUUGGCUUUGGGGAGCAAUUAUGGGGCUUUCAGUUAUACUUUCUCGGCAUCACUCGCCGGCCUGUUGUGGAAAUCCAUCCUCGCGCAAAAGGGGAUCCAGGUCGGCAGGUGGGAGUUUGCGAAGAAUAAUGCGGUGAUCGUGCUCGUCUGCAUGAUCGUCGGGUGUCUGGUCGUCGCGGCCGAGGUCUGUGUCAUGUACGACGAUUAAUUGAAGGGGAAGGGUCUGCUCGUGUUUAAGAGGAUAACAAAGUAAAUAGAAAGUAAAUAUGGGAUCUGAACAUGUGAUCGUCGCUCCCUGGCUUGGUCGGAUGAUUAUCGGUAGGAUGUGUCGGACGAUUAUCGGAUGAUUUCCCC